CUGGAACUAUAAGCAGAGGACCGUCCUCUGAGCAUAGCAUGGACGUUACCAUUAACCCAGGGCUUUUGAUUGGGGGAAGUCUGAACAUUUACUCUCGGAACAACAUCAUUGAUGCACUUGGAGAUAUAUGCUGAGACAGAGUCCAUGUAUUCAUCAAUGUUCCUGUCUGCCAGUCUGUUGUUUCAAAGCAGUCCUGGAGAAUGGUAAUGGAUCCCUCAUUCCAGCGUUGAACUGCCCAAGAAACCGGUUUAUCCUGUUUUAGGCGUUGUCUAUAGGAUGGGAGGAGCAAAAUCAGUGUGUGAUCAGCCUUACCAAAAGCCCAGUGGGGGAGGGGUGUACCGCUGUCCUUGUCAGUAAAUAGAAAGUAGUUGACUUACUUUUAAACGACUUUGCUCUAUGUGAUUAGCUACAUGUUUAUUACAACUGAAAAUGAGACCAACAUACAAAACCUUGUUCGGAUAUAUUUUAAUAUCAAGUGUUCUUGUAAAGGCUUUCGAACCAAUUACAACCACAAUUGUGGCUGGUGCGGGAGCGGCAGCAGCAGCUGGAUGGAACAUGUACAGUUAUUUCUAUGAAAGUUGUGACUCACAAUGGAUAGAUUUUAAUUCAACAGGUUUGGAAGUGGACCUAAAUCGUAAAUUGUUUGGUCAACAUAUUGUUUCCAGAGUCGUCCUGAAAGCAAUUACGGGAUUCAUGAAAAAUAAAAACCCUAAGAAGCCGCUGGUACUCUCUUUACACGGUGGGACCGGAACAGGGAAGAAUUUUGUUAGCCAGCUGAUAGCUAAAAACCUCUAUAAGAAGGGCACGGACAGCGGUUUCUUCCACCAGUUUGUAGCUACAGCUCACUUCCCUCACCAGAGCCAGAUUGAGAACUACAAGUCUCAGCUGCAGCACUGGAUUAAAGGAAACAUUACCAACUGCCCUCAGUCCAUGUUCAUCUUUGACGAGAUGGACAAGAUGCAACCUGGUCUGAUUGACAGUAUAAAGCCCUACUUGGACUACUAUGAGAAAUUGGACGGUGUCUCCUAUCGCCAAGCCAUCUUCAUCUUCCUCAGCAACUCAGGAGGAGAGAACAUUGUGCAGGUGGCUCUUGACUUCUGGAAAGCAGGGAAAGACCGAGAAGAGAUCGAGUUGAAAGACCUGGAAAUGGCUCUCUCCCUGUCUGUGUUCAACAACAAGAAUAGUGGGUUCUGGCACAUCAGUCUGAUUGACAAGAACCUGGUGGACUUCUUCGUCCCUUUCGUGCCUCUGGAGUAUAAACACCUGGUGCAGUGUGGCAUGGCAGAGAUGGACGCACAGGGACUGGUGCCCAAUCACACCUUGGUCGACCAAAUGGUCAGAGACAUGGUAUUCUUUCCCAAGAGUGAGAAGAUCUUCUCUGUCACGGGCUGCAAGACCAUCAGCAAUAAGCUGAGCUACUACGGAGAACACGUUUUCAAACAAAAAACAACCGCAGAUGGGGCUGGUGCGGGAGUAUCAGCUGGAUGGAACAUUUACAGUUAUUUCUAUGAAAGUUGUGACUCACAAUGGAUAGAUUUUAAUUCAACAGGUUUGGAAGUGGACCUAAAUCGUAAAUUGUUUGGUCAACAUAUUGUUUCCAGAGUCGUCCUGAAAGCAAUUACGGGAUUCAUGAAAAAUAAAAACCCUAAGAAGCCGCUGGUACUCUCUUUACACGGUGGGACCGGAACAGGGAAGAAUUUUGUUAGCCAGCUGAUAGCUAAAAACCUCUAUAAGAAGGGCACGGACAGCGGUUUCUUCCACCAGUUUGUACCUACAGCUCACUUCCCUCACCAGAGCCAGAUUGAGAACUACAAGUCUCAGCUGCAGCACUGGAUUAAAGGAAACAUUACCAACUGCCCUCAGUCCAUGUUCAUCUUUGACGAGAUGGACAAGAUGCAACCUGGUCUGAUUGACAGUAUAAAGCCCUACUUGGACUACUAUGAGAAACUGGACGGUGUCUUCAACCGCCAAGCCAUCUUCAUCUUCCUCAGCAACUCAGGAGGAGAGAACUACAUGCAGGUGGCCCUUGACUUCUGGAGAGCAGGGAAAGACAGAGAAGAGAUUGAGUUGAAAGACCUGGAAACGGCUUUCUCCCUGCCUGGGUUUAACAUCAAGAAGAAAAUCGAGACUCAUCAGACCAGGCAACAUUCUUCCAGUCUUCAACUGUCCAAUUUUGAUCCUAUUGAGUUUGAGCAGUGCAACACAGAAGGUGGAUUCUGGCACAGUUUGAUUGACAAGAACCUGGUGGACUUCUUCGUCCCUUUCCUGCCUCUGGAGUAUAAACACCUGGUGCAGUGUGGCAUGGCAGAGAUGGACGCACUGGGACUGGUGCCCAAUCACACCUUGGUCGACCAGGUGGUCAGAGUCAUGACAUACUUUCCCAAGAUUGAGAAGAUUUUCUCUGUCACAGGCUGCAAGACCAUCCGCAAUUAUCUGUACUACUACAGAAAAAACGUAUGAGAUAAACUACAUUAUAAGUUGGUGGCUAUGAAUGUAGGAUGAACUGUGAUUUGUAUGUCUAAACAGGCUAGUGUGCUCUCACAAACUUGAGUGAGGUUUUCAGUUUUCCCAAAACAAUUUCUGCCCUUGAUGGUUUGUGUUGCAUAAUGAAUACGUAAAAGAGGUACUGAUCUUUUUGGCAGUAAAACAGCUAGUUUGCUUUCACCAGCUGCAGUUAAGUUGAUUUAACAAAAACAGCUUUUUAUCUUAUUCCUACGUUUCAUGAAAUUGUCCUGUCCAUGUCCUGAAACUGAGUUGACGAAGUCUGUGACUGAACUAUGAGACAGGAUUUCAUUAACCUUAAUGACAAUGUGGAGGGCAUCAAUGCUCCUAUGUUACUCACUAAAAAGGAAUGAAUGGAUUACUGAGAAAAAUUAGGAUGAUUUGAAAGAGAAAACAAACACUGAGAUGUUCAAAGGCUUGGUCCAGAGUUUUUAAUUCUGUAAAUGAUCAUCUGAAAAAAAAAGUGAAUGGAGCAGUUUAACCACACAUUUGUGGUUAAACUAGCUUGCGCGUUUCACCUGGCUGCAGGGGUUGUGUUGACUGCUGUGAUAAUAGCAGAGCUGAAUUCCCGCGGAAGGUAGGAGGGCUGUACCUUUACAGUUAUGAGCUCCAGGUCUGGUGAAUAGUGUGUUGAAAAUACUGCAACAUCCUAACCCCAGCUAGAGUUACUAUAAUAAUGCAGACCCUCUGCCUCCACUUUUUUUACAUGAUAAAUUGUGAAAAUUGUCCAUCUUAUACAUUUGGCACCCCAGAUGGGAUUUAAAUAUCUCCAUUGCUACGGUGUCUGCUUUUUGACUCUAUCUGACUAAACUACAGUGGGGAGAACAAGUAUCUGCCAAUUUUGCAGGUUUUCCUACUUACAAAGCAUGUAGAGGUCUAAU